UUAAACAGCUACUUUGAUUGUGUGCACGAACAGUUAACAAGGCGCUUCCCUCUGAUCUCAUAACCACCAGACGCCGCCGUAGCAGCAACCUUCGUCCGUAGUUGGUUUGUAUUAUCGUCUUCUCAUUCUUUUGUUAUUUCUCUAUUUCAAUUUUCAAGAGAGAGAAAGCAAACGAAUUUGUUCUUCAUUUUCUGUUUCUUUAUUCAUACACAUAGUUCACUCUUCGAUUCACUCAUGGAUAUAUCCCUCGGAGGCUCAACAACUUCAACUCCAUCGCAUGCUUCAUUUUCCGGUACAAAUGGAGUCUGUUUGAUGAGAAAUGCAUGGAAAGGGGAACAACAUCCAUCCUUCAUUGAUUUUAUCUCAGCUUUUCUCUCUGCAAAUUCCUUUCGGCUUAAUUUUGUGCCAAUUGCUCCAGACUUUAUUUUCAAUUGUGGGGGUUUGUCUGUGGCCUUCAUUUUUGUGACAAACUGGGACUGCAACAAUGUGGCUUCAAUCUUCAACAGAGUUCAGAAACUGAAGACACAAUUUUCACGUUUUUAUGUUGUUAUCACACUCCCAACAAAAGAGAAAAUUGAUUCAUUUACUCAAUCAUAUUUCAAAUUUCGGAUGGUGAUUGGCAAGCCUACAUUUGUGCCAGUUAUGGACUUAGAGAUGGGGUUUGAAAAGAUGGUAAAAAUAGCCCAUUCUUCUGGAGUAUACAAGCAGGAAAGAAUUGAAGAAAAAUUGAAAGCGGAGAGGAAGCAGUUGGUGCAAGGAAUGGACCUUUACCUUAAAGUUGUUACAUCCAUUCCAGGCAUUGAUAAUCACGAUGCAAAUGCGCUUAGUCAAGCUAUUGGUUCUGUCCAAGCAAUUGCGAAGGCAUCAAAAGAGCAAAUUUUGGAGAACACUGAUCUUUCCACUGACAAGGCAGAGAUGGUUUCAAGGUUUCUUAGGGACCCAAAGUCUUACUUGCGUCCGAAAAGAUCAAUUGAUCAUAAAAUAACAAUGGAAUCCAUAUUGUAGUAUUUUUGUUUUGUUUUUUGCUAAACAAAAUAAGCAGCACUCUGCACUGUUUUAAUGUGGGAUUUAUAUUAAUUCUUUUUUUUUUUUGUAAGCUUACGUGUAAUAUGGUAUUCUUGAGAUAAGACCCUCAAAAUUAUGGGAUGAAUUGUCUGAUUUAUAA